AUGGCAAGCGCGAAAAAGAAGAUACCUUGCAUCGACGUGUCGCCCGCGAAGGCCACAAAAGACACGGUGAGCCGAUUAGAACUGUUCGCUUGGUUUAAUAGGAUUCUGGGCACCGCCAUCUGGAAAGUCAACCACCUGGCAUCGGGCGAUGCCUAUUGCAUGAUGAUGGCUAAGGCCUUCCCGGGCUGCUUGCCUACAGGCAAGGUUAUCUUGGAGGCAGUAACCGUACGAGAACGAAUGAAAAAUAUGGAGUUGCUAGCGAGGGGUUUACAAGUUCUCGGUGUCAAGAAGAACGUAGACUGGGAACUACUGGCUGAGGGCCGCAAUGAAGAUAAUAUCAAGUUUGCCCAGUGGCUCAAGAAGCUAGUCGACGCGAACACUGGCGUAAACACAUCGCUCAUUGGCUGGAAGGAACAUCAGACAAGGGCCGACGCAACGAAAUGGAGCGGCCCACCGCAGGCUUCCGGGGGCACCCGCAAAACUCGAGCAUGCACUGCUCAAAAACGAAACACUGUUCAACCCGCAGGUCUUUCGGUGAACGAACUAGAGAAGCAACAGACCGAACUUCAGGAGAAAGCUGACAAGCUAAAGAAGGAAGUUCAGAAGCAACGAGUGAAACUGCAGAGAAUUCGGCAACUUUACCAAGAAUACGAAGCUAAGCACGGAGCCAUGGCGCCGCUUAUGAGUGUUAUGUAG